GCGAGUAUCAGUCGAUAUCCAUCUUGCUCAAGGGCGAUUGGUUCCGCAGCCUUCUCGAAGGCUGGUUGCCCCUCCAUGGAGUUGUUUUCCUACUCUGAUAUCUCUUCAACCUUCCUCUUCCGUAAGAAUGAUCUUUUUUCGUGUGCUGCAUGUCGUCCGUUUGACCCACGACAUCUGAGUAUGGUGUAGCUAAAUCUGUGACAGGACUCAAGUACUUCGAAAAUAUCGAUGGUAUCUUGGGGUAGGUCUUGGUCUGAAAAUCAACAAUCGAUGGUAUCGAUCUCUUCGCAGCCUCGGUCCUGUAGACCUUACACACGGAGAUGUGGAUGGCAUGUUGGAGGUGCCUACUGUUACCGACAACUUGCACUCUCAGCACGGGAUUCCUCGUUUGCCACUGAGGCUUUCGAGGCCUAUAAGAAGAAAACUGGUGGUCUUUACGACGAGGCCACAAAACUUCUCACCGUCACGGAGAAACAGUACGAAAAUCUUAAAAAUCUGGCCGCGUGGACUGAACACCCUCGAAGGAGACAGAAGGACAAGAUUUAUCUCAUUGUACAAGACCUUGGUACACAAAUCGGGGCUGGGAUGGAUUUCAUCAACGGAUUUAGCUGGCUUCAGCGCUUUUACACCGUUUAUGAUGCCGAAAGCAUGCAGUUUGGCAGUGGAACUACAGCAUCCACCUCUGCUGAGACUAACUAACUAGAGCAUAGGCCCGGGUGACACCGGCCAGAUCUAACUCCUUGUUGACCAAGUUUUUAUUUUUCUUUGUCGAUUUUCUGUUUGAUGUGAGCUCAAAUUUAUUUAAAUUUCACAUGAAGUACGAGUGUAAUAAAA